AUUAGAACAAAAAAAAUCUUCAAAACCGUCAGCCCGGAAACCUCGACUAGUACUUCAUGUUUAUCGUUUAUCGUUUAUCUGUCAAUACUUCAACUGCAUUGUACAAUGCAACAAACAAUGCAGCAAUACGUCAAAUCUUUGUAGUGACAGUUCUUCAAUACCUCAUACCUCCAUCAGUACUUCAAUACUUCAACCUCCAACUGCUGUGGAAUUGAGGAUAUUUAUCCCUAGUUUUCACAUUUCACUGGAAAGGACUAACUCAGAGAGCAGCAUAUCCGUUUCCGACAGCUUGCAAAUUUUAUAACCGUUGAAAUUCGAAAUGCUGGCGCCCGAUAAGUAUCUCACUCCUAUGAAACAAAUGACUGGCGCUGAAGAAAAUCGACACUUUCUGCGUGCUUUUAUUCACACCUAUCGCGAUCUUCCAGUUCUUUGGGACACUUCUCUACGGGAUUACACGAAUCGAGACAAACGAGCCGAAGCCUACGAACAGCUUGUCCCAAUCUAUCGCUACCUCAAACGUGAUGCAAACGUAGAAGAUGUAAAGAAGAAGAUUAACACAUUGCGAACAAACUACCGAAAAGAGUUAAAAGUUGUGGAGAGCGCCCGUCGAAAUGGUACCGUUCAUCAUCCACGUUGUUGGACGUUUCAUGAAUUGGAUUUUCUACGCAAUACCGAGAAAUUUCUGGCAGUCAAUCCAAGUACGCGGGGCGAUAAUUUCUCAGCAUUUAGCGAAAAUUCACAGUCGCAAGCAUCAUUUAUCGAUCCACCAGCAUCAACUUACAAUUUCCGCACAAUGAUGGGCGUGGGUACGGUUCAAUCACCCCCGAGCAUUGCCGAAAUGUUUCACAAAUCUUUUGGGAACUCUCAAAAACUUGAUCCAGAGCGGACACCUCCUCCAACUACCACAUCACAGUUAUCUGUUGCAAAUUCGGCGCCAAAUGUACAAACCACAAACUCCGCAGAAUACAAUCAUGCAAGACAGGAAUCGGAAUCGCCAGUAGGACCAGCAAAGCGUUCACGUUAUUCGCCAUCAAGCGGUGCAGUUGCAGCUGGCCAAACACCAGAUGAACUACUCAGCAUAGCUUGCGAUUAUCUUUCAAGUACGUUUCCUGAAGAGGAAUCCAUCGCACGAACCUGGACGCAUAAGCUUAAACGUNUUACGAAAAUUAUCAGAACUAAAUUUCAUUGUAGCUUUAAGAUAAAAAUUAAUAUUUUAAGCCAGAGAUGCAUUGCUUCUUUAACCAAGUACAUAUUUGAUUUUUUAAUUCGUUAUCAAAUUGUUUGGUCAGUACUAUUACGGUGACCAUAUUUAUGCGAGCCGAAUACGUGACAAAAAGUAAUUUUGCUAAUUUCUUCCAUAAAAGCUAACAGAUCUUAAUUAAUUCUUAAAUGAUCUUAGAUGUAUGUAUUAGCCCUGAACCCGCAUCCUUAUAGUAACAUUACAAAUUUGUCGGAAAUCUUUCUGGAGAUUUUUACUCCACAAAAUUUUUUA